CUGCGACACUUAAAAAGGCUGCCCCACCUGUCACGCUCUUUCGCCUCAGCUUUUCUCCUCUCACUUCAUCCAUCAUCACCUCACAAACCAAGAAAAGAGCAGCAUCACUCUUGACGACAACGCCCAUCGAGGCCAACACGCAAACAACGCCAGUGCAGUAAUUUUACGGCCCUGUCUCUAGUACUGACAACUUUUUCCCCGUUUGACGGUCUCUGUUGGCUUUAUCGCCCACUGCACAAUCUCGUGACUCGUCGCGCUCCUGACGCAAACAGUAGAAGAGCUUUCUCUCGCACAAGUCGUACCCGUACUCCUGAGGCCUGCCUUCUCUAUUUGUACUUGCGUCGCAUAUUUCCAGCUGAUACAUUACUUUAUCUUACAAUAACUGGGCUGCUCUCGUACUGCUUACUACUACUUAUCUCGCCAGUCGCGACUGCGUAAAAAAAAAAAAAAAUCUCUACCUGCCCACCUAAGGAAGGAAGUACCCGCUUAAGCUCUCGUACCUGAAUAACGCGCCAAAGAAAUUUUGAUUCAGACAGAAAUAUUCUUCUGCAUCUCUUACCCUUGCCUCGCUUCCCUCUCGUGCUGCAGGCAUCUCAUUUCAAGUGGUAUCGCCCACUUCUGGUCAUUUCACUGUCGGGCCAUAUCUGGAGCGCAUCACAUUUUGAGUCAUCACGCGUAGCUCGUCGACUACUCCAGUCUACCAUACAAGCACUACAAACAUCACAAUCACUUCAAACAAAUCACCAUGGCGUCCGCAGUCGCGGAUUUGGAGGCUGGUCUCCAGGCUAUGCUCAACUUAAAGCCACCAGGUGUGUCCGGAUCUCGCAUCACCAGUUUGACCUCUCUUUGCGUUUCCAACAUCCAGGCCGAAUCCGUUCUCAUCCAGAAAAUCUUCACACACUUCAAAAAGACACCAGGAACACACAAGUUGGGGGUACUCUACGUCGUAGACUCUGUAACCCGGAAAUGGCUCGAGCAAGCCAAGGCACAGGCACAGACAAUUAACAGCUCUGCCCCGGAUGGAACCUAUGCCGCUGGCGUCAACCGAGUGACAGAACUCAUGCCUGUUUUGAUGAAUGACAUCCUGCAAUCCGCCCCGGAAGAACAAAAGGAAAAGAUUAAGAAGCUCCUUGAUAUCUGGGAGAAGGGUCAGACAUUCCCUACUCCAAUGCUCGAGUCUUUUAGAGAGAAGCUCAACGCACCACCACAGAAUGAAUCGACAACUCCUCCCGGUAGCCCGCCUCCCAAUGUGCUAGGCUCGCAGCAAGGCAGCGCUUCAGCUCCCCCUACGACUUCAGCUGCUCCAGCCCCUAGCGGCAUAUCUAUUCUUGAGGCUUUGGCUAACAUUGCUCGUCAAAACACAACCGCUCCUCCUGGUAACCCCUUGCCGGCUCCCACAGCACCGUAUAACAUGCCAGCUGUCGCGUCACUUCAACCAGUAUCAUCUGCUACGCCGCCAGUAUCGUAUCCUCCGGCGUCGCAACCCGUAAAUGUGUCGUCUCUUCCUUUCAGCCUCCCACAUAUGGGGGCUCAGAAUGGAUAUGCAGGCUCUCCUCUGAACAUCCCAAGUAACCCACCUAAUCCGGUCAAUGGGGCCAUGCCCAGUGCAGCACCUGGCCUUGGGCUUGAUCCAAGCACCCAGCAACAGAUCAUUCUGAUUAAGGCGCUCGCUGACCAAGGUAUUCCAUUUGAUAAGAUUCCUGCUCUCAUUCAAAGUUUGGGUGGUCCAGGAGCCGCGGCUGCACCUGGCGCUCCCCCAGCUCAGCAGCCUGCUCCUUAUGCACAGAGUCCUCAAAUUCCUGGGCAAGCUGCAUGGGGUGGCCCUUCAGGCAAGCCAGAGGACUCACGUAUGCCAGGCUACGGCCAUACAAGAUCUCCUCCUAGAUUCCAUGGACGCUCUCGUUCGCGAUCUCCUGACCGUGGCUGGGGUGGUCGUGGCUCUCCUCGAAAUGGACGUGAUCGCCUAGACUAUGCCCGUGACUCUCCUAACCGUGGUCGUCAUGACGACCGCCGCGGAGGUGAAUAUCGCCAGCGUAGCCCUCAUGGACACCGUGGACGAAGUGAGACCCCGCUUCAUGAACAAGGCUCAGCCGACAAAUGGGUCGAGUAUGAUCCAAAUCUUCCACCUGGACACAUCAAGGUCUAUAGCCGAACAUUGUUUGUUGGUGGAGUAACCUGCUCUGAGAGUGAAUUGCGCGGUAUUUUUGGCCGCUUUGGUACGGUGCAAACAUGCAUUGUCAACAAGGACAAGCGGCAUGCUUUCGUAAAGAUGCUUAGCCGACAGGAUGCUGUCAACGCCAAGCAAGGCACUGAGGACUCCCGCAAUCUAGAAGUGCCCCUUCGUACUCGUUGGGGUGUUGGUUUCGGCCCUCGGGACUGUAGCGACUAUUCAACGGGUGUCAGCGUCAUUCCUAUCCACAAGUUGACGGAAGCUGAUCGCAAGUGGAUGUUGACCGCCCCCUUUGGCGGCAGCGGUGGACAACCCAUUGAGACUGGCCUGUCAGUGGAGGAGCCCGAUAUCGAGAUCGGAGCUGGAGUCUCAUCCAAGGCCAUCAGUCGACGCAUGCAAACGGACAAGGGCGGUAGCAACGGACCCAAGUCAACUCGCAAUCGGGACGAAGACCUCUCCCGUUGGCGUCGAAGUAGAGACAACGGCUCCAACGGCCACAAUCGUCGGGACGAUCACCACGACCUUGCUCAGGAUGGACAGAACAUGGUUGCCUCGUUCCCCUUUGGGAUUGGCACACUGCCAAAUGGCAUGCCCAACUUUCCCGCUGGCUUCACAUUCCCUGAUCCCACAAAUAAGUAAAGGUUUCUUCCCAGGAUGACGCACAAGAUUAUGUAAUGAUACCCAGGUAUGGAAAUGGGAGGACAUUUGUUGUUUUAUUGUUGAUUUCCCUGGUUGCUUUAAGCAACGAAGAAGGCGGCGUUGGCAACAUGGUUCUAAGGCCUACACGAGGGCUUGGCUUCGGGAGACGGCUUCUUGCAUCAGUUGGGGGGCAGACAGUUGUGAUUGACGGCUUCGUGCAGGCGCAUUGACGACCAGAUGUGUUUUUAUUUGUUUGAUGAGGGGCUCUUGACCCCACGUAGCUUUGUUGGCUACAAAUGAAAAGUUUAUGGUAUUCCACUAAAUGCUUGUGCCUUGUCAAAUCGUGCUUGUGAGUUCGGUUCUGCCGUGGUAGUCGCCGGGUGAUUCAGUAGUGCCCCCC